CGCCCAGCAUGUCGGCCGCCGCUUCGUCGUCGCAGUGCCCGCGCAUCCGCCACCUGCUCACCGGCACGUUCAACUCGCCCGCGCUGCACCUGCUGCGCUUCGACUCGCUCACGCGCGCCCUCGUGCUCCUGGCGCCGCUGCCCGCGCGCGGGCCGCACCAGUUCCUGUGCGUCGGGCGCAGCGCCGCCGCGCCGCCGCACGCCGUCGACCGCGUGUAUGCGACGACGUGGGCCGCGGCGCCCGAGAUCAGCAGCUGGGCGCUCGAGUGGCCGCUGGCCGGCGGCGGCGGCGACCCGCACGUGCGGCUCCUCAACGCCGUGCCCAUCACCGCCACGUCCUCCUACGUCUCCGUGCAGCCGCCGGCCUUCCACUCGCUCACCGCGCCCGGCUUCGGCGUCGCGCCCGCGGCCGGCGCCUCGCGUGUCCUCUACUCGGCCGGCGGGCCCACGGGCGAGAGCCACACGCUGCGUGCCGACGGCAGCAUCGGCGAGCGCAUCGAGGAGAUCGUGUUCCUCAAGGGCGGGCCGAGCGCGCUGCGCGUCGCCGACAAGACUCGCAAGGCCCUUCGCUACGGCUCGCACAGCAUCGACACGGGCGUCAACGGGCACACAUACGUGGCAGACCUCGGCCGCGAUGCGAUCCUUGUGUAUGCGCGCGACAAUGCCAGCGGCAAGCUCGAGCUGCUGCACGAGGUGCCCACGCCGCGCAAGGGCGACGGGCCGCGGCAUGUCGUGCCCAGUGCCGACGGGCGGUGGGUGUACAGCGUGACUGAGCACACAUCAUACGUCGACGCAUUCGAGGUCAUGCCCGACGGCCGGCUCGAGUACAUGCAGACAGUCGACAUCUUGCCCGAGGAGCACGAGGACGACCGCGAGCAGUAUCGCGGAGACACGGUGCGCAUCUCGCCCUCCGGCACCUCCAUCCUGGCCACGACGCGCGGGAAAACAGCCGGCGUGCGGGGCUUCGUGCGUGCCUGGGCGCUGCACCCCAACUCCGUCGUCGACGACCCGAAUGCGACCGUCGGCGGGCCCAUCGGCGCACUCAAGGCCACGUUCGAGACGCCCAGCUCCGGCGGCAAGGCCAAUGCCAUCGAGUGGGCACCGCGCUACCCGCUCAUGGCGUCGCCCGAGGAGCAGGGCGGCGUCGACGGCAGCGGCGAGCACGACCUGGCCGUGCUCACCGACGACGAGCAGGGCCACGUGCUCGUGCUCAGCUGGGACGGCAGCGACCUCAAGGAGCUCGCCCGCGUCACGCUUCCCGGCACGGGCGACGACGGCCGCCCGGAGGGCGCCAGCCACGCCGUGUGGCUGUCGUGAGGUGGCCGCUGGCGGGCGCUCUGCAGGUUAAUGUCAUCCUUUGCUGCUAGGUGUACGAUGCCGUGCGUCUGAGGCGAGAAUUAGCGCACUCAGAUGGAGCGUAGAAGGCUGUGUGCGC